AAUUCUACUGGCUAUAGUAUUUCUCCUGCAUAAUUAUUGGCUCAUUCAUUCAUGGCUUCAUACCCCAUUGCUGGUUCUCUGACUUUCUUACAGCCACAGUGCUAUCAUAAUUUGAUUUGAAUUGGUUCCUUAAGCUUAUUAUUAACGUAAAACCUUCCAUCAACUAUACACUAUCAUGGCAAAACAUGGUGCAGCAUCAUCGUCACAAUUCAAAUAUGAUGUUUUUCUGAGCUUUAGAGGAGACGUCGGCACAAGGUACACUUUCACGAGCCAUCUGUAUAGAGCUUUGGAGAAAACCAAAAGAAUCAAUGUCUUCAGAGAUGAGCCGCGUCUGCGACUUGGUGAAGAAAUUGGAGCUACGCUCCGCGAAGCAAUCGAGAAAUCAAGGAUGUCAAUAGUUGUGCUGUGUCAAAACUACGCAUCUUCAUCAUGGUGCCUCGAUGAACUAGUUCAUAUCAUGAAGUGUUCAGACAAUGGAAGAAAGCGACCGGUUCUUCCUGUUUUUUACCAUGUGCCACCAACAGAGGUUCGAUAUCAGAAGAAUCAGUAUGAAGCCGCCAUGCGCAAACAUGAAGAGAGAUACAGCAACAAAGUGAACACAUGGAGGUCAGCUUUGUUUGCAGUCUGUGAGCUAAGCGGAAAACACUGUACUGAGAAAGGGUGA